AUAUUUGCAGAAAUUUGUAAACAAACUUGAACGAUUCAUCCUCGUGUUUUGUUUGAUGCCAGAUUAUAACAUCCAUAAUGUGAGGUCAAGUACAAUAAAAUGAGUGAAAAGGAGGGCACUGAGAAGAAGGAAGAGAAUGGAUCUAAACACUCCUCGGGUGCGAGAGCUAAGCAGAGCAGUGAAGGCAAGCCUAGCAACAAAGCACAUGAUGAACGAGUGACGGCCAAAGGCUCAAAGUCUGGUACAUCAGGAACCCCAAACAAGGGUGGCAAAAAUGACAGCAGGAAGACAGGGUCAGGGGGCCAUGACAAUGUGAGGGAGACUAAUCGUAAUCGUAAUAAUGCUCAGUAUGAUCGUAGUGGAUAUCGAUCUGGUGAUCGGGGAGGAGAUAGAGGGACUGACCGUGAGAGUGGUGGCCGAGGAGGGAGAAGUGGAAACAGGGGAGGAGGAGAUGGAGGCAGCAGGGAGAAAAGUGGCAGUAGUUCUCGAGGGGGUGGCAGAGGUGCAUCUGGAGGUUCCAACAGAGAAAGAGAACAUACACCUAGGAAAUCUGAUGCUAAGGACAGAAGAGAAGAUAGAGAGAAGGGAGAUGGGAGAGAAAGUCAAAAGAAACAAUCGUCAGCAAAAGAAGCUAAGUCUGUUCAGAUGAGUUCAGCAGCAGAUCUAGAAGCUCAGUGGCUGAAGGAGGAAGAAGAGAAAAAGAGGAAAGAAGAGGAAGAAGAGAGAAUCAGACUUGAGGAAAUAAGAAAGAAAGAAGAAGAGGAAAAGAGGAAAGAAGAAGAAGCACAGCGACUUAAGGAAGAAGAAAUUAAAUGUAUACAAGACUAUAUCUCAGAAUGUAAGGAAAGGACGGAGAGUAAAAAAUUAAUGAGAGAACAGAACCUGGCAGCAGCAGACCAAAGACCAGAUGAACGGUUUUUCACUAAGCUUGAUUCAAAUUUGAAGAAAAAUACAGCUUUUGUAAAGAAAUUGAAAAAUCUGACAGAAUCCCAAAAAGACAUGUUGACAAGAGAGUUCAACGGCCUAAAUUUGACUAAAUAUGUUGGUGAAGUGGCUGCAGCAAUCACAGAAGCUAAACUGAAGAUGUCAGACAUUCCCUGUGCUGUUCAUAUAAGUAGCGUCAUGUUCCAGCGCUACCAUGAAUUUCCUGCUGCUCUACUUGAAAACAUCCAGAAGUUCCUUCUUGGAAAGAAGGAGGAUAAGAUAAGUAAUCCCAGUAAAUACCGUGUGGACCUGAGAUUUUUUGCGGAGUUAGUGUCUGUGGGACUUUUCUCAAAGAAAGAGGGUUUGGCUGUGGUGGGCAAGCAGUUGGAGCAACUUGUCAAUAAUGACCAUGAAGAACACAACAAUUUAGCCAUCCUGUCUAGUUUUUGUAAACACUGUGGCGAUGAUUAUAUGGGACUUGUACCCAGAAAGUACAGAUUGCUUGCUGAAAAGUAUUCACUGGAAAUAUCAGUUAGUCAGAUGCUACAGCCAGAGAAACAGAAGGCCUGUAGAAAUCUUAUGAAGGACUACUUUCUGUCUCUCUGUAAACACCUGAUACGAGUCUAUAAAGACCUGAAAAGCAUUGAGAGACACAAUCGCAGGACUCUACAGACAAAGGGAGAAUUGAGCAACGAGAGACGAGAAAGCUAUGAAAAUGCAUUAGCUGCCUAUCAAAAGCUUCAUGGCAAUACAUCUGUGUAUGCAGAUCUGUUGGAUGAAGACAUGCCAGAUUUACCAGAGGAAGAUCUGCUAAAAGAUGAAGAGUCUGGAUUUGAUGUGUUUGAUCCUUCAAAGAAUGCAGAGUUUCAGUAUGUGGGUGACAGUACACUGUUUGAGGAUGAGGAUGCUAGAGCUUUUUACGAAUCCCUGCCUGAUCUCAGAGCAUUUAUACCUGGGAUCUGUUAUAAAGAAAGUGAACAGAGUACUGUCAAGGAUGAAACCAAAGAUGUAGAGACAGGAUUGGAAGAAGACAUGGAGAACCUGAAGGUGGAGGAUGUGGAACGAGAAAUGGAGACAGAACAGCAAAUUGCAGAGGUGGAGAACAAGGAAGCAGAGGCAGAGGCUGCCAAGACCAAAGAUCAGGAGGACGAGGCCGGACAUACAGUAGAAGAGGACUACAGUGCUCUUCAUGAUCUUGACAUUGAAGAUGAUGCUGACACAGGCAACUUGAUGAAAGUCCAGUUUGAUGCGUAUCUCUUAUCUCUACCAAAUUGUGUCAACAGGGACCUACUGGACAAGGCCAGUAUAGAGUUUUGUAUGAAUUUCAACAAUAAAGCCAACAGGAAGAAGUUGGUGAAGGCUUUAUUCACUGUACAUAGAACCAGGUAUGACCUGCUGCCAUUUUACUCUCGGAUGGUUGCGACACUGUACCCGUGUAUGCCUGAUGUGGCUAAUGAUCUCGUCCAGCUUCUCAAAGGAGACUUUAAGUGGCAUGUAAGAAAAAAGGACCAGAUCAACAUUGAAUCCAAAUUAAAAACUGUGAGGUUUAUUGGGGAGCUGGUCAAGUUCAAGUUGUAUCCCAAAUCUGAGGCACUACAUUGUGUAAAGUCACUGAUGUUUGAUUUUACUCAUCACAACAUUGAGAUGGCAUGCUCUUUACUGGAAACUUGCGGCAGAUUUCUCUACAGAUCUCAAGAUUCUCAUCACAGGACAAAGAUUUAUCUGGAUGUGAUGAUGAGGAAAAAGGCAGCUCUACACUUAGACAGUCGGUACACAACGAUGAUAGAGAAUGCCUUCUACUACAGUAACCCGCCAGAUGUUCCCCAAACCACUAGAAAGGUCCGGCCCCCUCUACAUGAGUAUAUCAGGAAGCUGCUCUACAAAGACCUCUCAAAGGUUACCACCGAAAAGGUACUGAGACAAAUGAGGAAGUUGAACUGGGAUGAUCGUGAGAUAGCGUUCUAUGCCACUAAGUCAUUAAUAGCUGUAUGGAAUGUACGCUACAACUCUAUACACUGUGCUGCCAACCUUCUGGCUGGUCUAGCGCCUUACCAUGAACAUGUGGCUAUACAGGUUGUGGAUGGAGUACUGGAAGACAUCAGGAUUGGCAUGGAGGUAAACCAUCCCAAGUACAAUCAGCGGCGUGUGAGCUGUGCCAAGUUCCUUGGAGAACUGUAUAACUACAGAAUGGUGGAGUCCACUGUUAUCUUCAAAACUCUCUACUCCUUCAUCACUUUUGGAGUGGUCUUUGAUGACAAUGGUCAAUCAGUUCUUGACCCUCCAGAACAUCUGUUCCGUAUCCGCCUCACCUGUGUGGUGCUCGAGACCUGUGGACAGUAUUUUGACAAGGGUUCUAGCAAAAAGAAGCUUGAUUGCUUCCUCAUCUAUUUCCAGCGGUACUAUUGGUUCAAAAGACAGUGCAGUAUUUGGACUGAAGACAGGCCUUUCCCCAUAGAUGUUGAAAACUUGAUGCAGGACACUAUUGAAGCUAUCCGCCCCAAGACACAGGUGCCUCAGAGCUAUGAAGAGGCUAGCAAGGCUGCUGAAGACUUGGAGAAUGAAUACAAGCAGAAGCUAGCAUCUGUGUUACCUAUCAUCGAGACGGAUGAGGGAAACAGCAGUGAAGCAGAUGAGGGAGGCCUUACCACCAUACAGGAAACAGAGGAAUUGGAUGAUCUAAGUAACAGUUUGUCCAACACUGAGGAUGACAGUGAGGCGAGUGGAGAUGAUCGUAGUCAGAGUCAGAGAAGUCACACAGGCAGCAUGAGCAACCGUGAUCAGGGAGAGGAGGGAGAAGGUGUUGAAAUGAGUGAAAAUGAUGAUGAUGACAUGUUGGACACCGAUGCAGAAGAUGAUGAGAUAACCCUGUUAACAGGAGGUCCAAGAUUUGUCAAGUGCUCAGAAGAUGAUGACUUCAUGACAGCAUUUGACAAGAUGAUGACGGAUAACAUUCAGGCAAGAAAUCAGGAGUCACUCAAAGUACCACAGCUUGAUAUAGCAGUCCCGAUGCAUUUGAGGGAUAAAAGUAAAAAGGCAGCUUGUUCUAAUUUCUACGAAACUGUGGAAGAGCCGAAGGAGAACAAGUCUAUAGACUUUGUGCUGAUGACCAGAAAAGGCAACAAACAGCAGUUCACCAACCUGAAUGUACCAAUCUCUGCAGAGUUUGCUGCUAAGUACAAAGAAAGGGAACAUGCAGAGAAGAUGGAGAAAGAAAGGAUGAAACAGGUGGUGCUGGGAAUCCAUGAGCGACAGGAGGAGGAAGACUACCAGGAAAUGAUAGCGGCUUUGAACAGGCCAAUGCCAUUGGUGAAUGCCAAUCGGGACAGAAGGCUGAGAAACUACCAGCAUCCAAAGGGCGCUCCAGAUGCUGACCUUAUCUUUGGCUCCAAGAAACGCUGAAAUGUUGGAAACGAAAUGUGAGUGACCAAAAUCAAUGCAGUACAAACUGCUCAAAAGCUACAGUUGAGGCUGACAAAACUAAAGAGUGACCUGCUACAAUUCAAUCUGCAGAUUCUCCCCGAAUAUUGAGGAUCAACUCCAGUCCUUCUAGGGCAGGAAGGCAUGGUCACUAGACAUUCUCCCCCAGGGCUACACAUAGCACGUGUUUACCCUGCACCAAGGAAAGUGAAAGCCUAACUUCAAUAUUAGUUUAUCUUGCAUACCAACAUUAAAAUCUAAAUGCAUGUCAGAUUAAUUUGUGAUUCUAAAGUAUGACAUGGUGAAUCCAUGAAAUUGGUGAUUGUGUUGAUUUUUUACGUUAAAGAUACUUUCAUAAGAUGGAGAAGGAAGUUCAGACAAUAUUACUAGAAUACAAAUUGAUGAUAAAACUCACAGUGACUUACAUGCUCCUACAAUAGGUUAAUUACUGUAAAAGAUAACAGCUGUGUGUAGAUUCUUUAAUAUGAAAUUUUUAUACAAAUUGUCUUUGUUCAAAAUGAAAAUUUUGUUAAGCUGUGAAGGAGUUGUUGACACUCUUUAUAGCCUUUAUGCAAUUUGUAAUGUUUAUCUUAAGGGAUUUUUUUAGUGAUAAACGUUGUUGGAGAUCCAUCGAAUACAUUAAUGAUAAAGAGAUGUUAGGUCAGAGCUGAUACAGAUUAAUUUGAUGGAUAUGCUCUUGGUCCAAUCAAACUUUUAAGGUAAAAUGGAUAAAUUUUGGGAUUUUUUCCAUGUCCAAUAACUACUUUAACAGAGGGACAUACAGUUUCUCGUCUUUGUGUAUAAUUACAACUAAAAUAUAGAUAAAGUAAAAAGUUCAUUAAAUUGAAGUAUAGUUUUACAGAUGUUACACUUGUGAAAUAUUUAUUGAAGUACUUUUUGGUGGAAGUAAUUGUUAGAAUUUGAUAACUUGGAAACAAAAUUGAACUUUAAAAAUCAUGAGGGUCUGGUUCUUCACUUAACGUUAAUUUCAAUGGCUGUGCUACAUUGUUUAAAUGAAAUAAGAGCACAGCUAUAGUGGAGUAACUCUAAACCAGCAAAACUCCAGAGACGAUUAAUUUAGUAAAAAAAGUUUUAAAAACCCAGAAAACUUGAAUAUGAAAUUUUUCUUCCUGAUUCAACUGAUGCUAUAGCAUUUCCUAAUGAUACGUCUUUUAGGGAUUUACUAUAAACUAUUUGAUAUGUACUUAAAAAACGUUUUUCCAGUGGUACAUUUGAUAGUAAUAGUGUUUUUCUACUGUCCAUAUUAUACAUGUUUCUGCUGGUAAGAUGGCUUUCUUAUCAGACAAGGGAUUCCACUGUCACAACAAUUAUUUGACAUCAUAUUCAAUAAUGUCACAUCAGUGCCAAGCAAUUUCUCCUAUAAGGGUAGAGAAAGAAAAUUGUCAUUAUGAGUUUUGAGAAAACUAAUGCUAUCAAGUCUGGAAUAUAAUGGUAAUAAAGAUUAAAGUUUUAAGUUAUAAAGUCUUGUAGGUCAAAAUAGUGUGAUAAAUAUCGAACAGAAUUAAUUAUUAUGUCUCUGUUCCCUGUUAAAAUACUGCUAUUCACAAGUAAACAUUGCUUUAAAUGUUUUGAAUACAGUCUGACAUGUUACUGAUAUCACACACCUUGAUGAAAUCUGUCUCUGUAGGUUUUCCUGUGUCAGAUGUAGGUGUAACCUAUAAAUAAAAAAGAAUUGAAAAUAUGUAUGAUGUCACAACACUGAUCGAGCAGCUGCUUUUUAUUCUCGUUUUGGAAUUCUGAUAGAAAUGUUAUAAUGUACGUUUUAUAUGGACAGUAACUGGAACAUAAGUAUCAAUUUGAUUUUAAUUGUCUGAUGCUGUCUGAUAUUGAGGAAAUUAAAAACCUUCAAAUGCAGAA